AUGCUGCUAAAGCUCUUAUUUCUUGCUGUUAUUGCCUGUGAUAGGUUGUUGAGACUUAAGCAUAGGGACAGCCAGUAUGUUACUAACAGCAAGGGCGUCCUGAAGCUUGAGUCUCCCAUGCUACCUACCCUGUCUGACCAGCGUGUCGUGGUUCACAACAGAGUCUUAUACUUCUUUAAGGACGGGAUAUAUUACACGUUAGCCAUGGUGCAUGGAGAAUUAGAGAUCAAGCCAAUUGUCUAUAAUGCCAUGAGCGAAAAAGGGAUAGGAUUUUCUUCUAGCCCAACCUUUCGCCCACGCAAGAGAAAGAUAGAUCCAUUUGGCUAUUUAUCUCACGCAGGUCGUCGGGAUAGCCAAGGCGAUAGUGAAAAGGGAAAAGAUAGUCUUCCAAGUAACAAAAGGAAGCCUGGGCUAGUAAAGCUUCCUUCUCGAAAUGAAAGGAUUACAGCACAGAAAAGAACUGAGCGGAUGCCUAGAAACAGCCCGAAAGAUCGUGAAGAAGGAAGUUGGAAUGACAAGACUCACCAAGUGAAAAAAGACAAGUCGUUUGAAGCAAACUUAGAUGUGAAAAAUGCUAAAGCUCCUAAGGAAGGGCCCGAUGAAACAGAGACUCUCGACAGUAGCGACAAGCUUCCUGCAUAUGGGAUUCCUCCACCGCGUUUGGAAGUGGAAACCGGCAAUGCCUUGCAAAACAUAAGGCCUCCAAAGAAGGUUGGCUCUAUUCGGAGAUCUCAUGUAGUUGAGAGCGACUCCAAAAUGGAUGAGCGUGAGUUUGGAUAUGUUAUAAAAAAUGUUACGGUUUCCGAGGUGGACGACAAAGGACAUUUCACGUUAAUUGGAGGAAGCGACUUUUGUGUAACCUAUUACAAAGAUUCGUUUGUUUUUAUGCCAUGCUCGCGUGCUCCUGAGCAGAUAUUCAAGCUAGAAAGCUCGGAGGAGAUAGUGAAAAAAGGAAAGUCCUUUGGUUUAAAGGAGGAUAAAGAUGCCGAAAGCCAAGAUGCCAUUGUCCUUGACUCCACGGAUAGUGAGGAAGAAAGGAAGGAGGAACUCUAUAAAAGCCCUCAGACCCUAUCAUAUUCCCUUAAAAGCGUUGCUCCAGGUGGCGGCAACUUUGGAGCUCGAAGUGCCAAAGCUGGUUUUAGAGAUGCUGAAAGAUACCCUGAUAGAAGUCUGGAUAAAGAGAAUUCCCACAACCUAAAAGAUCUCUCCAAAGACUCCCUACAUUUUGAAAACAGUCACAGGCCUUCAAAGAUAGACACAAAUCCUGAAAAGUCAGCUAUCGGUGUAACUCCAAUUGCCAUGCAGCCGACUCAGAUAAAGAGCGGUGCGAGAGGUUUAAAUUCUAAUACCAAAGAACCAAGCAAGCAUCAGAAGCUAAACUUUGAUGACGACUUUAUAGAUAAGUUCAGAGAGCUCCUUACAAAUAGCGAUCUCAAUGAUUUUGUUUAA